AUGGCAGAUAAAGUUCAGCAACUCGAAGAGGAACGACAGCAGGUUGAAGACGGGCGGCGGAGGUUCAGCGAGAUCCAGAACCUGAUUGAAGACAUUUUUGACCGACUCAACCGGUUGGAGCUUUUCGAUCCACGAAUUCAGGACCUUGAGGCCGACCGGCAUCAACUCCAAGAUCUUCAGCAAACCUUGCGGAAAUUCCUCACAGUGUUACACCAGCAGACCCGAAUAUCCCUUCAAGAAUACGUCGAUAGGACAGAGGACGAGUUAGACAAACGCACUUGA